GUUGCAUGCAGCUCGUUCGCGCGUGCAUGAAGUUGUUUGUAUUGGUUGGAAGACUUUCAUGUUCAGGGCCAAAUUACGGUUUACAGAUUCAAAAGCAUAUAUAGACAGACUUUCAUGCUCAUCACUCUCAGAUGUCUCAAAGUACUGAUCAACACUCUCCCAAAAUCCCCACUCACGGCUUAAAACCCUUCUUCUAAGACUAAGGCCAUGUCCAAGCAUCUAACCCUCUCCUUCCUCCUGAUCCUCUUCUUCUUCCUGAUCUUAUGCGAUCCCUCCUAUGGCCGCUUCAUCACCCACCGUACGUACUUCUCUUUAUCUUCUGAUCUAGUUUCCGAUGGGGUCCAGCAGCUCCGUGGACCUCCCUGCCUCGCUCUCAAUCGGUCCUCUUCCUUAAUCUCUGCCGAGUCCACUUGCGAUCAGACCUACGGGUUCUUGCCGUGCACCACCACCGUCCUUGGAAAUAUCUUCCUCAUCCUCGUCUAUGGCUACCUGAUGUUCCUCUCCGCCACCUAUUUGUCCCAUGGCAGCGAGCUCUUGUUGGAGAUUCUUGGACCUGGUAUUAUCGGCGGGUUGUUCCUUCCAGUCCUCGGCGCCCUUCCGGAUGCCAUGCUUAUUCUUGUAUCCGGUCUUUCAGGAAGCACUGAAACUGCUCAAAGCCAAGUUUCUGUUGGUAUGGGCUUGCUAGCUGGUUCAACUAUUAUGCUUCUUACAAUAAUAUGGGGAACAUGCGUUAUUGUUGGCAAGUGCGACCUCGUUGAUGGAGUUGCACAAGAUGCACAAGAUACAAAAGGGUUUAACUUGACUGAAUCGGGUGUUAGUACUGAUAUCUGGACUAGCUAUGCUGCAAGGAUUAUGUUGAUUUCUGUCAUCCCAUUUUUAAUCGUUCAAAUACUACAAGUUCUCGGUUCAACGUCAGGGAAGCACUUGGCAGUCUUGAUUGCGCUUAUUGUCUCUCUCCUACUAUUGAUUUCCUAUUGUCUUUAUCAAGUCCUUCAACCUUGGAUCCAGGGACGGAAAAUAUCUUAUGUGAAGCACAAGCGUGUUAUAUUUGGACUUCUAAGGCAUCUAAAAAUGCAGGCAGUGGGAAGACUGGUCAAGGAUAAUGGUGAACCUGAUGAGGAAAGCAUUAAAAAGUUGUUCUCUGUAGUAGACAUAGAUGGCGAUAGAAAAAUUUCACGUAGUGAAUUGAGAGCAUUGGUUGUUGGAAUUAGAUUUGAAGAGAUUAAACUGAGUGAGGAUGAAGCUGUAGAUAAAUUAAUGAGAGAUUUUGAUACAUCCAAGGAUUCUUUCAUCGACGAGACAGAGUUUGUCAAUGGCACUUCUAAAUGGCUGAAGAAGGCAACGCGCACACGGACUGCCUCUGGGGAUCCUGGUGCUCGCACGCUUACAUUUUUAAAUGCCUUUCACCAGGACACAAAUAGAGAGCAUGAUUUGUUGGAUGUGGGUGAUGAAAGCGAUGAAGAAUCUGAGGAUGCUGGGGGUUCCAGGUGGACAUCUAUCAAAGCAGUGCUAUUGUUGUUGCUGGGAACUCUCAUUGCUGCCGCAGUUGCUGACCCCUUGGUAGAUGCCGUUGAUAACUUUUCUGAUGCCACUGGUAUUCCUGCUUUCUUCAUCUCAUUCAUCGCGCUGCCCAUCGCUACCAACUCUAGUGAAGCUGUGACAGCAAUUAUAUUUGCUAGCCGUGACAAACGUAAAACUGCCUCCUUAACUUUUUCCGAGCUAUAUGGGGCAGCAACAAUGAAUAAUGUCCUCUGCCUCUCAGUGUUCUUAGCCCUUGUUUACAUUAGGGAAUUGACAUGGGAAUUCUCAUCUGAAGUGCUAGUUAUUAUUAUUGUCUGCUUUGUGGUGGGUAUUUUCGCCAGCUUCCGCACCCAUUUCCCUCUCUGGACGGCUUUUGUAGCUUUCCUACUUUACCCAUUCGCCCUUGCCUUGAUCUAUGUUCUUGACUAUGUUUUGGGCUGGUCAUAGAUUCACGGAUCCCUGCACAAGAUUUUGAUUGGAGGAUAUACUCCAUUUCCUGUACAAAGAACGGAGGCUGUUUCUUUUUAAUCAGUUGUUACUGAUUAUUUUUGUAAUACAUAAGCGUCUUGGUUUAUACUUGAAAAACUUUAUUGAGAGCAGCAACAGUAUGGGCAAGUUUGUAGUUGCAAAACUAUUGCUUUCAAAGUCUGGUAUAUUUUCUAUUUAUUAUCUUUUUUUUUCUUGGCCUUUGGCCUUUGGCUGCUGUUUGAUGAAAUCCCUGAAGAACAAAAUCUUUAGUUCUGCUA